CCCCGGUCAUGCAUCAUCUUUUGUGGCUUUCACGAGUACGUGCAUCGCAAACUUUUUGGGCCGCUCGCGCCCUGGGCUGCAAAGCUCAGCGUCCCAAGUAACUGACCAAACUAUGCCUCAUGCUCAUUCAACAUAUGGCUCCACUUGAUGCGGUUGCUUGCCAUCUUACUAACCCAGCCUCUGCUAACGAUAUAUAGGGCCUGAUGUUCUCAAUGCUCCUCCCCUCUAGCAAUGUGCACAUACCCCCAGUCUCCUUCGUAUCCUUCGUCUACUUCAAUAAGCUGACUUUGCCUCGUGUUGCCCCGGCCUUGAACUGUCUGGCCUGACUAUAUCUUGCCUUAGAGACCUGUGUCCUAUGGUGCGCCUCCCCUCCCCUUGUCGACCCUCGAAUUAGGCACGACGAUAUACUUGCCUUCCCUUGGAAACACCUGGACUACCCAGCAAUGGGCGCUACGAUCAUGACUCCUCCGUUGGAACCUUCAUCUCCCCUCGAUGGUGGCAUUCGAAAACGAGUAUGCAAGGCUUGUGACCGAUGUCGAUUAAAGAAAUCCAAGGUUCGUCUCGAGUACCACUUGGUCCUGGUUUGGUGCCGAGGCCAAGUCUGAUUUGUUUCCAGUGCGACGGUGCCAGUCCAUGCAGUCGGUGCAAAGCGGACAACGCCAUCUGCGUCUUCGGAGAACGAAAGAAGUCUCAUGACAAGGUCUAUCCCAAAGGCUACGUAGAAAUGCUCGAGAGCCAACAAGCACAACUCGUUACCGGCCUACAAGAGUUGUACAAGCGACUACAGAAUGGUCAGGGUUGGACCGGAGCGCCCUUGAAAGAGACCGGCAGUGGCACGCCCUUGACCCAUGACAUCUUGGAGAGACUGGGCGCGUUGAAACAAGACGGCAAUACUACACACGAGGCAUUCGAAGAGGACUUGAACGCCUUACAGCAGAGGCUGAUCGACGACGGAGCUGGCUUCAUGCAACGGCAACCUUCACAUGAUUCACAUACCGACAGCAGUGCUCCUUCGCCCAUUUACGAGCCUGUAGCCCAGAGGCCCAACUUUACCAAUCCAUUCAGCCUCCACCAGCUUCCUCCCACACCUCCGAACCGGAGUCCUUAUCCUCAGAACGCCCGAGCUGUCCCUCCCACGAAAUCACACACCUACCCCCACGCCGUCAACCUGCAAUCGAAUCUUAGCUGGACUACCCCUGUCGGCGAGUUCGACAAUUCCAUGGAUUUCAUCAACCAAUUCGGCUCACCUCUGGUGGACUCAUCAUUUGAUCUGACGUCCUUUCCUCCAGCCAUGUCCCAAGACCACAUCAUGCCUGCAGCUAUCAACCCCUGUCUAACGAUGAAAGACUGGGCUGGCCAGGAAGAUCUUCAACGGUAUUUCAACCCGACCAUGCUGGCAUGACCUGAUUGGCCGGAUACGAUACAUGAUUUUCACCAGUAUAUGUAAUGCAUCCAAAGCGGGCGAAUCGGAGUUAGGGCAGCCUCCUGACCGGAAACCCGAGAAUGGGAGCCCGGCACGGCAAGGCCAUGUACGAAGCUUCUCCUUCUGCCGUGGGAACUGGAUUCUGGAGCGGUUUAUCUCUUUUCACGUUGAACGUCAUCAAGUAAGUGUAUAACAUCAACCGGGCGGCACAGUCCUGUGGCGUUUCGGGCGGCUCAGCUAUGGAGCAUCGUUCGUCUGGCGCCCACAGGAACCGACGAGAAGUGUGAGAAUGGAAAGUAUGUGCUGACAUGGUUCACUCAUGUCUCAUCAUGUCAAAUUUUAGCUAUAUACCAGUUAAUGAUACGAAUUGGGCGGGAUAACAUGACGUGGAUAAGGAAUACGAUCAGCAGAAUGGAGGUGCACGCCUUACCGAGGUCGAGGUGCAAGCCGCGUUUUCGGAUCGUUUGCUACUGAACCAGUUUAUCGUUCGUCUCAGGCUUUUGGAUAUAUGCAUGACUAGGUGCUUGGGCCCCCGACAGCUCGCAACCAGUUCAAGAAACUGGCAGUUCAGGUGCUGAGCAAGUUUGUCCGAAGUAACUUCAUUGUCAUCCAGAUAUACUUCGUGAUUGACGUUCGAAAAGCCAAAGUUGUGAGUAAGGUAUCGCAUAGCGCUCUUGCCUUUCCACUGCGCUAGGCGACAAGCAUUAAAUUGCGCUCGCUCCGUGAUGUAGUAUGGCUAUACAGGUGGCGCGCGUAUACCGAGCCGUCUCUGCAGCCAUAUGCCUGAGUCAGGCAGGCUUGUCAGGCUUGUCCACCCAUGUUCUAUCUUACAACAUUCACAACCUUCGGUUCCCACUGCAGCUUCAUUAUUUCGUCACGACUUUGGAAAGUUUCGAGUCUUGACCGUCCGUUCUCCU